AAUCGACGGGAACGACGGAGCAUAAACCGGGUUGGACCGAAGCAUGGCCUUGUUUCUACCGAGCAGCAGGCUUCUGCUCAGAAAAACGACAGAUGUAAGGUUUUUGACGCCCCGGAGGAACCGAGUCAAAGAGAAAUGGGCUGCGACACGUGUCAAACACCCACCCACCAGGCUGGCCCUGCAGCAUUUUGACGCCACCUAUGGUACCCAGCUGGGGGAGCUGUGGCCCUCAGUGCGAGUCGCCCUGUUGACAGAGAAGAAGUAUGGCGCCCUGCUCAAUAAUUUCUCCUUUGAUGUUGACGUUGGUAUAACUGAUCUCCAAGCCCAGAGAUGUAGAGACUUCAUCAGUGAAAGACAUGGAGGGGCUGAACCAUCGGAGAUUGGUGCUAAGAAGCAAACCAGUGGUGCUGAUGGUAAUGAUCAACAAUUGUCUCCUCCACCACUCAGCCCAAAUAUCAAGUGCUAUGUGUUUCCAAGAGGUGAUGUCACUCGAUUUAAGCCUGCCAGACCAGAUAGCCACGGCCUGUUGGGCUACUACCUCAUGGAUGCAGCGUCUGUGUUGCCAUGUUUGGCGCUUGAUGUUCAGGAAGGUCACACUGUGCUUGAUCUGUGUGCUGCUCCAGGCGGAAAGACCCUGGCUUUACUUCAGACUCAGCUCGUGAGGUUUUUGUGUGUAAACGAUGCCUCGACUUCUAGAACAUCACGGCUGAGGAAAGUCCUCCACAGCUAUGUUCCUAAACAGUUUCUGACAGAUGAGCGAGUCCGCAUCAGCUCGUUUGAUGGCACCACAUGGGGGGAGAUUGAGAAAAACACAUUUGACAGAGUCCUUGUUGAUGUUCCGUGCACCACAGACCGGCAUUCACUUAUGGAGGAUGACAACAAUAUAUUCAGUAAAAGCAGGACUGGAGAGAGACGAAGGCUGCCACAGCUACAGGCGGAGCUGCUCCUAGCAGGAAUUCAAGCAGCUUGUCCUGGAGGAGAGAUCGUGUACUCCACCUGCUCCCUGUCUCUCAACCAGAACCUGAGUGUGGUUGAACAAGCUGUUUACCUGGCUCAGGAGAACUUUGGCAUUCAGCUUCAGGUGGUGAAUCUGCGAGCCCUCACAAAGAUGUUCAGCGACACCUUUUGCUUCGCUCCAGACCUCCACCUCGGGGAGAUGGUCGUUCCACAUUUAGCAGCCAACUUUGGACCCAUUUAUUUCUGUAAACUGAGGAGACUUGCGUAAAGUGCUUUGUUGGACAUAUUACCCAUAGGAAAAAAAAACAAAGAAGGCACACAAUCCGGGGCUGAUGCUUUCUCUUUUUUUUUUUUAAACAAAAACAGAAACAUGGAGCGUAUGGAGGAAAUCCCCCUCAAAGCUGUGGAUUUCAAAUCUUGCUUUGCUUGCAGUUUCAUGUUUGUCCUCUAGAUGGCCAUAGUUGAUCAGCAGUCAGGGUCACCUGUGCAGUCUUUGCCCGCUGGAGGACACCAAGCAUUUGUGUGUGAGGGUUUUUUUUAAGUUCUGCAAAGACAAUGUUUCAUAUUGCAGAGAAUUAGCUCCUUAACUGCAGUGAAAUGGGGCAUUUUUUCUUCUGUGCUUAUUCAUCAGGUUUGAUAGCUUCGGCUAAUAACUUGCUUUGGCGCGGAAGGACAAGAUAAUGAAGCUUUCAUUACUCUCCCCGGAUUGGCUCCCUUCUGCACCGACAUCCCUCACAGGUGAAAUUUUCCCCCCGAUUCGCAGCCUAAUGGGAGUGCAGAGGUUGCCUCUUUUAGAGUCGCUCUGCAGAUGACCCUUUAUGUUGUCCUGGCCAGGCAAUGUAGCGUGAAAGAGGCGUGCAUGUGCUUCUCGUCAGACGAACCCACAUCCCAGUGUCAUUAAGCUGCUCCGAGCGGCGGAGCCGGCUGCCAUCCCCACGCGGGGACGGGCGGCAUCCAUGCGGCUCCCAGAUGAACAUUAAAGAGGCAGCAGAAGGCUGGAAUGGGACGACUCGCCCUGUUCUUGCUCCCUCGCUUUUUUUUUUUUUUAUUCCACAGAUGAGUGAAGAUAAUUUUCAGUGCGAUUGUGAGUGAUUACUGUAUUACUGUGGCAAAAAAGGGAUGUAUCAGGGAAUGCAGAGAGAAUUAAUGACACAUAAAACUAUUUUUGUAUCGACUGCAUUCGUCCCGAGGGCCCCGAACGCCUCUUUGCAUAUCUUGUGAUUACCUAAACGUAUUGUAAAUAUGUGUUUCCUAUGGGCUCCUCCAUAAAUUUACAUGUUUUAACACUCAGGAGACGGCAGACUGUUAGAGAUGAGUUACUCUCUAUUCUGCCUGUCUAUAGACUCGUCUGACUGCCUGCUUUAUUAUUGAAUUAGCCAAUGGAGCGCUGCGCUUUUGUGUCCCCGUGUAAGCCUGUGUUGGAAAGACGGAUAUGAUGGCUGUAAUGCUCCCAGAUGUGCUUUCCAAUGUAUUCCAACUGUUUUCACCUCGCACCACACAGAAAGACAAAUAAACAUUAUUGCAAUGUCA